AUGCCUCUCGCUCAGAAAUUCCGCCGCAUAACCGUCAUGAAGGCGAAGUGCGAGUGGGAGGCGAAAUCGCCGAGUUUUCUACACGAAACUCGCCAUCGGCGAUUCGUUGUCCUGAAGAACGCCGCAUCCAUGCUGGCCCUGCAACCAAUCUCCGUCAGAGAGAUUUGGUUUCGUCCACCCAACCCGCAAGAUCUCCACGACCCAUCUACCACAGGUCACUGGAGCCACCUCCCUAGCGCUUCGGCGACGGCAGGAGUCCGCCUGGCCCCGGAACAUCCGCGUUUUCAGCGUGAACCGUCGCUUUACCGCCUUGGAGACUCCCAACCCGCUACCAGUACUGGCCGUGCUACCGCGGGAAGAGAAACGCAUGCGACUUCAACCUUCCAGACGGCGGCAGCAUGCGAUCCAGCGGUGGUAGCUCGAGGCCUGCCUGCGCUACACCGGGAGGCGGCAGGCGAGGAGGCACGCAGCAGAGAGUCCAUGAUCGCCGUCGUCAUGGCUGCUGCGGCUGCAGCGGCGGCUGCAUCGAGUGCCAGCGGCUCCAACACCGCCGCAGCUGUGGCUGCCGGCGCAGCUGCUGGCUUUGCAGCAGCGAACGCAGUCGAUGCAGGUUUCUCCCCAGGGAGGUCUUUAUUGAGUGCACAGCAGUACGGCGCAGCGCUGGGGAACGCCACAGUCAUCCCUGCGUCGCUCUCCCUUGCGCCAUCCACCCAGCUCAACCGUCCUUCUGCCCCUGCUCCGGCUGCAGCAUCCCCAGCACCUGCACCUCCUGCAUCAGCCUCUGCGCUGUCUGCGGCGCUGUCUGGACAGGCGCUGAUCGGAGUGCAGCGCGCCAUGCUGCUGGCUGCUGCUGCUGCUGCCGUUUCUGGCCACCACAACGCCGUGCCACAUCGCACCGUGUCUUCCGAUCCAGCAGCAGCAGUGACAACAGCCGUUCAGCCUACAGCCUCCCGGCCUGCUCCCUCGCUUGCAAACUCCUCCGCCACCACUACAGCUGCUCCAAGCGCCGGUGCCGCCAGGACAGUCACCGUUGGGAGUGGCGGGAGCAGAGCUGCUGUGUGCAACGAGGAGGGCGGCAUGGCUCCUCGUGUGAGCAAGCUGCUAGCCAAGUGGUUGCGGUCGGACGACGAGGGCCCACACGUGUGCCCUGUGUGCAAGCAGAGCUUCCCCACGGCUGGCGGCCUGAAGCAGCAUCAGCACGACCGCUGGCGCUGCUCCCUGGGCUCUCAACCCGUGCAGGCCUCUGCGCCCGCUGCUGCGGUUGCCGCCGCUGCUGUGGCUGGGCCAAGCCGUGCCGCGUCAGGAGCAGCUGGAGCUUCUGUUGCUGCCGGUCGCAGUGGGCGCUCGGGUGUGAGUACGAAUGCUGGGGAUGGGAGCAGAAACACUGUAAGGAGGGAAAGUGACAAGAGGGGUAGUGGAAAGGGUGGUGAUGGAAAGGGCACCACGGCGACUGUGAGAGACAGCACAGGGAUGCUGUGGCCUCGGCUGUCCGUACUUGAUUCUGCGGCGAGUGGCGGGGAGGCCAUGAAGAAGGACGUGUCUCGGAAGGCCAAGAGCAGGGGAAAAGGAGCUUCUGAGGUUGGAGAACCGAGGAGCCUGGAAAGAAGAAGUCAAACGACAGGAAGCAAACGGCCACAGAGUGAGAUUGUGUCGGGGGGUUCGUUCAUGGAACACCCUGUGAGGCAGUCCGUUGGUCAGCAGAGUGAGAAGCAGCAGACGGAGAGAGUUUCAGCAAGUGCAACCCCCUUCACACGACAAAUCAGCAUGAUCAACACAUCUCCGCCCCAUCGAACCUCCCUCAGUGCCCCAUCCGCUGCCUCCCCUUCCCUCGCCCACUCCUUCUCCUUACCUUCCCAUCGUUCAGAGGUAACAGCCGGACUGCAGGGGACGGAUGGUGCGCAGGGAGAUUUGCGAGUGCACGGGCAGCAGCACUUCAGAAGAACGAAUCCCAUAGCAGAUGAAAAGUUGCUGAGCCCCCCCAAGCGCAUUCGGUCAGGGACGGGGCGACGAGAAGACUCAGGGGAAAAUAUAAACAUGGCUGAUGGGAACAGAUUGCGAAGCGGUGGCUUGCAGUUCCAUCAAUCGAGAGAGUUUGACUUGGCAAAGCAUGGUGUGCAAGGCGGGGAAGGGCAAAAAGGCGGUAUGGCAGAUGAAAACUUGGCAGGCGAUGAGUCGGUGCAUGGAGGUGCUGCUGCAUCCGCAGAGACGGCGUCAGCAGGAGUGGCGGACGUGACUGCCAUGGCUGGGUGGCUGAGAGCAGCACGCGUGCGCAGCGGAGAGCAGUGGGGACCUCCGCCAUCCGGCUUCCCUGCUGCCGGUGGUCUUCACGGUGGGCUUGAAGUGCCUGCCAGGGCUGCAGGAGGGAUGGAAAACGGUGGGCGGGGAGGUGGAGGGGAGGAGAGGGUGUGCAGGGGCGAGGAGGCAGCGGCGUAUGCGGUGGACAUGCAGCGGUGGCACAAGACACAGCGCUCACGCGUGGAGAUACUGGAUGGCAACCAGCCGCCCUGGCAGGCAGCUGAUUUGUCUCUCUCAGGUGCACUUCCAGCUCAGGCGGAGAGAGGGUUUGGUGCGACAGCAGCGGGCGAACAGGGUUCUCGAGGUGCUGGCUCGUCCACCAGAGCAACCUUCUCCAAGGCUGCUGCGGCUGCGGCUUCUGCUGGUGCUGGUGGUGAGAGCCAUGGUGUGAGUGAGAGGGCAGGGGCAGGGUUGACCUUUGACCUCAAUAUGGCACACGGGGGCGACGAGGCCGAAGUGACUGUGCGUGGCCGUGAGCAGCAACAGACUCCACAACAGGGAGGUGUGGUGAGGGCUGAAGAACCCAAGGCAAACAUCUGGAGCAGGGCGGAAGCAUCUGGAUCUACUGGUGCAGGCACAGCUGGCGCAGGCGCGGCUGGCGCAGGCGCAGCUGGCGCAGGCGCACCUACGAUGAGCAUUCCCGAAUCGUGCUGCUCCUGGAACUGCGUGUUCUUCUCGCUUCCCUGCCGCAGAAAGACACGGUUGCAGAUGACAUGCAGCCAGGCAGGGGAAAGAGGAGAGUCAGAGCAGAAGGAAUCUGAGUGA